CCAGCAAUGCGGGCUGUGGUGCUGUCCUGUCCCGACUUAUCUCACCCGCAGCUGGCUCCUUCCAGACCGAAGACGCUCUUCGUGUUGCGUGCUGGCGUGGGUGUAGGCCAGUCUUGGACUGUUUGAAGCUUGUCGGUGGCCCCACCCGCUUGGAGUCUGUAUCCCAGAAAGGAUGUCCAGGGAGCAGCUGAGUAUCGCAGAGCUCCUGCCCUCACUGGACAGCUCCGAGCUGCAGGAGGCGGAGCAAGUGCGGGCCGCUGUCAACCAGCAUCUGAGCACAGACAAAGGGGGCGCCGUCCUCUCCUGUCUGGUGGAUUACUACCUGGACUCUUCGUCCUCUCAGGCCGUGCUCCUCCUCUCCUCCAUCCGGGAGCCACAUCAUAAGGCGCUGUUGGAGAAGCUGAACGAGUCCCUGAGCAGACCUGGAUCCAGACUGGGAGCUGUCACGCUGCUGGGUCACCUGAUCAGGAAGCAGCCUCCCUGGGUUCAUCACAUCAGCCAUUCGCCUCUGCUGUCAUCACUGCUGCGCUGCUUAAAGACUGACACUGACGUGGUGCUCCUGAUCACCGGAGUCCUGGUCCUCAUCACUCUGCUACCCAUGAUCCCCCAGGCUGGGAAACAACACAUCUACGAUUUCUUUGAUGUGUUCGGUCGCCUUGCGUCUUGGAGCUACAAGAAUAUUGGCCAUCUGCCUGUGGUCCAGCUGGUCCAUCUGCAUGCAGGUGUCUACUCUCUGUUCCACCGCUUGUAUGGGAUGUUUCCCUGUAACUUCAUCUACUAUCUGAGGCUGCACUACAGCAUGAAAGAGAAUCUGGACACGUUUCAGGAAGUGGUAAAACCAAUGUUGGAGCAUGUACGGGUUCACCCAGAGCUGGUCACAGGGACUCAAGACUACGAACUGGACCCGUCCAGGUGGAGGCGUUAUGAGGUCCAUGACAUCAUCAUCGAGUGCUCCAGGGUUUCUCUGGAUCCUCUGGAGUCUUCUUGUGAGGAAGACAUGAACUCCUGGUCCUCCACCUCGCUCAGACCUCCCCCCGUAUGCUCCCCCCUCCCUCAUUUGGACUUCUCCUCGUGUUCUCCGUUCACGGUGGCGGUCAGCAGCUCAGAAGUGUCAGCGUCCCUGAGCGGACGCCCGCUUCCGCACGCGCUCAGUUCGUCCUGCACUCAGCUUGAUGAUCUCACAUGGAGCCCCUCCUCCCACUGUGGACUGUCCACGCCCCCUCCUGACCCUGCUGGCCUCACCCCGUCGCUCAGCAGGACCGCUUCCGUCUCAGGUGUGAAAUGUCCCACGGCUGUCGCCGUCCCUCUGACCCCCACAAACGGAGACAGCCAGCAGCUGGACAGCAGCAGCCAGGUCAAACAGCCAAUUAUAGUAGAGCAAGAGGCGGGUUCCAGUGAUGUCAUAAACAGAGAUUUUAAACCAGCAGAGACUCGUCUGCCCUCAACUACCCCCAGCACCCCCUCCCAACCCCUCACACUCACCUCCACCCCCAGUCGGGAUGAGUCUUCCCCAACCCUCUCCCAGCCUGCAUGUUCUUUUCCCCUCUUUUUAACCCCCCCUCCCUUAUGCUCACGCACCUGUAAUCCAGGAGUGGUCUCUCUAUUAAGCUCCACCCAUUCUACGGAUUGCCCCGCCCCUCCAUAUGAAUCUCUGUUUGAGCUCACAUUGCCACAAGUCGCCAAACAGUUCAUCAGGAAGAAGACCGAGAAGGCGCUGCAGAGCGCCACAGGUGAGCAGGAGAACGACAGAGAGGAGGAGACGGUGUCCAUCUCUCCUCUGAAGGCUUUGGACCAGAUGAUCAUGUACGGGUCUGAGGCCCAUGAAAGCCUCAGCAGGAGGUGGGCUGCAGGAAACAAGCUUGUGGAUCGGAGUAACUAUGGAGGUAAACAGCAGAGCAUGAAAACCAAAGGCCCCGCCUCCGGGGAGGAGUCUCAGUCCCUGAGGAGUCAGCUGCUGUUGGUUCACAGCCAGCUCCAGUACGAGCGCUUCAAGCGCCAGCAGCACGCCAUCAGAAACCGUCGUCUGCUCCGCAGAGUCAUCAACACCACAGUGCUGGAGGAACACAGUGUUGCCAUGAAGGCGCAGCUGGGCGUUCAGGACGAGGAGAUUCGCUCUCUGAAGUCCAGUCUGGGCGAAGAACAAAGGCGGAAUGCAGACCUGCAGCAGGAAAUGCGCAUGCAAACGGACCGUCUGCAGGCACAAGUCCAGCAGCAGCUGCAGCGGCAGCAGGAGGAGCAGCGGGAAAACCAUAGACUGCAGGGGGAGCUUCAGGAGAGUCAGAGCAAGCUCAGGAACCUGGAGGCGGAGCUUCAGAGCGCUAGUAACGAGGCCUACAACGCCGAGCAUCAGCUGACCCAGCUGUCACUGAAGCUGUGCAGCAGUGAACAGCUGCAGCAGCAGAUCUUCCUCCUCAACCAGCAGCUUCUGCUCCUGAGAGAAACCAACCGAGCUCUGAGCCAGCAGCUGGAGGACAGAGGCGCGCGCAACUGGACCGAGGUGUCCAUGCUGCAGUGCAGUGCAGGGAAAGAGUUCCAAAGGCUCAAGGACAGCGACAUCCAGCAGAGACAGAAGCUGGAAGCAGCCAAUCACAGGAUAGCAGAGUUGGAGAACCAGCUGUCCAAGAAAGAACAGCUGAUCCUGGAUCAGAAGAAGCUCAUGGAGGACACCAAAAACCAGAGCAGGAUGGAGCUGUUGGCCUCUGAGAGCCGCUGUGAGGGUCUGAGGAGAGUCACCCAAGCUCUGCAGAUGGAGAUGCUUCACCUGUACGGCCUGAUCCACCUGGAACCACACGGGGGCUGCGACACUCAGAGGCCCAACAGCAGCUCCAGCCGUUCAUCCGUCCCUCAGGCCUCCUCUUCCUCCGCCGUCAGCAUCAUAAAUGGUGCAGUUGAGGCUCUAUCUACCUCGCCCCUGCACCUUCCCUCCUGCUCCUCUUCGCCGCCGCUCUCUCUGUCCCCCAUCGACUCCCCCUUGACCGUCGGGUCUUUUCUGGAGCAGCGAGCACGAGAGCUUUUCAGGCCAGCCAAUCAGGGCCAAGAAGAAGAGGAAAAGGAGGCAGAUGAAGAAGAGGAAGAAGCCCAGCUAGCAAGCCCACCUCUAGGUCAGGAGGCAGAGGAAGCCACUCCCCUCACUGAAGGUCCACAGGAGGAGCCUGCUGCUCCCGACUCGACACUCGCCGCCCCACAGAGGAGACUUGGCAUCAUGGAUUACGAUCAGUCACUGCCUGAAUUCUGAAAGAUGGGCGGAGCCAGCUGGAAGGGGACUCCCCAGUCAGUCAGGUUUAUUUCAUAGACACAAACACUAGUUUGAAUGUAAUCAGAAGCUGCUACAUGAAUCUGAUCCUGAGUGGGGCUCCCACUGCUGCUGCAGCAUCCUUCCAAACCGGCAUCGGUGCUUCACGUUUGGUUCCUUUCAAACACUUUAUGGGAUACAGAGCCACACACCAGUUUCUUAAAUUGUUUAUGAAUCUCUUUUUUUUCCUGAUCUAAGAGUCACCUUAGAGGAUGUGGCGUGAGGUCAUGGAGGAAACGCUUUUAAGAUUUUGUCUUCAGAUGAAAUGGAAACGGUGAGACGGAUUGUGUUGAUCUGCUAAUCAUGGGAUAAGCUAGACAAACCAAAGAUUUGUUGCUGCUGAGAUGCAACUGGACACAGCUGUGUUGUUGAUGCCAUUCUGAAUCAAGUAACUGUGAAUUCAAGCAAUAAAGGAUCUGAAAUCUCUCUGUU